AGCGCGGCCAUGCCGGGGCCCUAGCGCGCUACCGCAGCCCGCGCCCGCCGCCGCUUCUUCAAUGGGCAACCUGCUCGGCGGGGUCAGCUUCCGCGAGCCCACCACCGUGGAAGACUGCGACUCCACCUGGCAGACCGACUCGGAGCCCGAGCCGGAGCAGCCGGGGCCGGCAGGCGGUGGCGAGGGCCAGGAGCACGACGAGCCGGAGCAGCCCGAGCAGCUUCCCGAGAGAGCAGGAGGGCGGCCCCGCACCAGCCCGGUGCCCGAGGACCACGCCGAGGCGGCGGGCACCGAGCAGGGUGCUGAUUCCACAGAGGCAGCAGCUAAACCAAAGAGAAGCUUCUAUGCUGCAAGGGAUUUGUACAAGUACAGACAUCAGUACCCACAGAACUUCAAAGAUAUCCGAUAUCAAAAUGACUUGAGCAAUCUUCGCUUUUAUAAGAAUAAAAUUCCAUUUAAACCAGAUGGUGUUUACAUUGAAGAGGUUCUAAAUAAAUGGAAAGGGGACUAUGAAAAGCUGGAACACAACCACACUUACAUUCAAUGGCUUUUCCCUCUGAGAGAACAAGGCUUGAACUUUUAUGCUAAAGAAUUAACUACAUAUGAAAUUGAGGAAUUUAAAAAAACAAAAGAAGCAAUCAGAAGAUUCAUCUUGGCUUAUAAAAUGAUGUUAGAAUUUUUUGGGAUAAAGCUGAUUGAUAAAACUGGAAAUGUUGCUCGGGCUGUAAACUGGCAAGAAAGAUUUCAACAUCUGAAUGAGUCUCAGCACAACUAUUUAAGAAUUACACGGAUUCUUAAAAGCCUUGGUGAGCUUGGCUACGAGAAUUUUAAAUCUCCUCUCGUAAAAUUUAUUCUUCACGAGGCUCUCGUGGAAAACACUAUCCCCAAUAUUAAGCAGAGUGCUCUGGAGUACUUUGUCUACACAAUUAGAGACAGAAGAGAGAGAAGAAAGCUCCUGCGAUUCGCCCAGAAACAUUACACGCCACCAGAGAAUUUCAUCUGGGGGCCGCCUAAAAAGGAUCAACCAGAGCGGAGCAAAGCCCAGAAAGCGCCUACUCCUCCCACAGGUUCAAGCAGUCAGACCUCUGUGCCCAAGAAAUCUAAGGACUCCAAAAAUCCCUCCGUAGGUAGUCAUGCAAAUAGCAAAACAGUGGAAGAAAAAACUGGCACAUCUAGAGAGCCCAGUGAGGAGACAGACAAGCCGAGCCCAGAGCCCAGCAAUGAAGAUACCAAGCCAAGAAACAGAGAGAAAGACAGCGCUGCCGAAGAAGCAAAUUCUCCACCCAAGAAAACAGAUACUGAUACUGCGGGAAAGGGGGAAUGUCCAACUUCCUCCGAAAAAGAUGGAGAGGGGGAAAACCAGAGCACAGACUCUGAAAAUUCUGAAAAUACCGGUUGUCACGAUGAGGUAGUGUCACAGUGAAAUGUCACAAAUCCACAAGCCAGUUCUUGUUAAGGGAAUCCAAAACUGCUGUCUAAUUUAUCCUGGGAACAGAGAUGAGGUCACGUUUAAAAUGGUAGCCACCAGUGACUUCUGUUGUAAGCCCUUGGUUCUUGUUUUUAUUUUGGGUCACAGUGAAUUGGAUAUUUAAUAAGUUUUAAGACUACAUCCAAUAAAAGAAUAUAUGUAGGGUGUUUUUUUUUUUCAAAUUCUGUAUAUAACAGUCACUUUAAAAACAUUUUUAGGUUAUCUAGAAAGAGUCAUGCAGCAUUUGGUACUCAGCAUGUUCUUCUGAGACAUUUCUGCAGAAACCACGACCCUCUCACGAUGUAGUCGCACCUGCCUUUUAGAUUCCUUUGAAACUGGAAGAUUCAGGUCUUCUCAGACGUAUCCAGAAACUAAUCUGGACUCUGAUUGUAGCACCUCAGUGUCU